UCCACUGCCAACUGUGGUCAUUCCCUCACCUGGAGUCCCUGCACGCACUGAAAGUUCACACUGCCUGCAACUUUUCACACGUUAGAGGACAGAUUGUCGACUGGAUUGAGAUCCGUGGAAACAUGCUUCUGUCAGCGGCGAUUGUGACCACCUUGUUGUGUUUCUGCUCACUCCUUCCUGCUUCUGGACAGGACUGUCCUAGUAGGCAGGAAAUACAGGGCUCUUUAAAGCAGGUCCAGAAGCUUCUCUCAGCCCAUGAAGCCUCGUACUUGCAAAGUCUUCACAACCUGAAGAAGAAAAUAAACUUGUUGCAUAGCAACGCAGGGAAGCAGACCACAAGAACCACCAAUAGCACCUGCCCAAAGCUGGACGCACCCGUCAAUGGGAGGAAACUUGGCAAGUCACAGAGCAUAGGCCAUGAGGUUCACUUUCUGUGUGACCCUGGUUAUGAACUUGUGGGAUCAGAGAGCAGGGUUUGCCAGGAAAGCCUGACCUGGAGCGGCCAGCAGACUACCUGCCGAGACAUCAAUGAGUGCUCGUCCUCUCCAUGCCUGAAUGGUGGCACAUGUGUGGAUGAAGUGAACCAGUUCUCUUGUGUCUGCGCCAAAGGCUGGGCUGGAGCCACCUGUCAGAGCCCGGUGCCAACAUUCUUUGUCACCAUGACAAACACCUCUGCUACCACCUCCCCAGCCACCGCUGCUGCUUCUACCUUGCCUGCUGCCACCACUGGGCCUUUUGUUCGUCCAUCACGUUGCUCUAUAGUGCAGGGGACCACCCACUGCACCUGUGAGCCAGGAUACACCAUCUCUGGCAGGGACAGCGUCACUUGCACUGAUAUAGAUGAAUGUGAGCUGUUCCAUAAUGGCCAGGCUGGAAGACUGUGUUUGCAUGCUUGUGUUAACACCCCUGGGGGCUACCGCUGUUCCUGUCCUGUCGGAUACAAUGUGACUCGCGAUGGACGCAGCUGUAAAGACAUUGAUGAGUGUGCCACAAGACAAAACAACUGCACAAAGGACCAGAUGUGCAUUAAUACCUACGGUGGUUUCCAGUGUGUCCGUGUGGAAUGCCCCAAAAUCCCUAAUGCUACAUAUGUAAAGACAUCGCCUAUGCGUUGUGAACGUAACCCCUGUCCCGUGGACAACAAGGCAUGUUCUCAGACCCCGAACUCCUUCUCCUACCAUUACCUGGCUGUCGUGUCCAACCUGUCAGCUCCUCGCGUCAUGUUCAGGGUCUCAGCAUUGCGUCCAAUAGGUGACACGCUUCGUUUCUCCCUGCUGGGAGGAAAGCAAGCCCGGCGCCAUUUCACAGUCCAGCGUUCAGAUCGUGUGACAGGUCAGCUGAUGCUGGUGACCCCCGUUCAGGGCCCUGCCUCGCUGGAGGCAGAAGUGGAGAUGAGUGAGCUGGAGAAACGAGUCCAGCUGGGGAGGUACAUCACUAAAGUCACCAUGUUUGUUUCCCAGUAUGAGUUCUAAAAAGAGAGGGAGGAAAAUGGAAGUACACUUAGAGCACAAAGCCCAAACAAAAGUCUGGUUUGGAUUUAGCUAAGGACUACGUAUUUUCAUGGAUGUAUAAUAAUGUGAUGUAGCAUGGUGACCAUCUUUAAAGUCACAUGUACUAUUGCUAGAGCCCAAAAGAGUAGUAAAGUAAACAUGAAUCAGCACAUUAACUCUUAAGUGAUGGAUGGAUUAACAAAUGUCUUGCACAGCUGUGUGCAAACAAUGUUUUAGAAUAUGGGUUGUUGAGGGGCAUUGAUAAUAAGCUAUAGAAAUCCAAACUGAGAGAUGUAUAUUUGGGUUGAUUUAACCAAAUGAACAACUGUUUUGUAUGGAUUAACUAUUAGAAAAUAUUUAUACUUAUUUAUAAUAUAGACUAAAAGGUGAAUGGCAUGAUGUAGCAAACAGUAAGACAGCUUUCAACAUCUAAAGCCCAUCCUGAAAGAAAGUGCUAUUUUUGUAAAUGACAGUCGUGCUAUGUUGACGUUGAUGUUUGGACAUGUAAUCAUAAUGUGUGAAGAUUCUGUAAUUCUCUUAACAGUCAUGUUUUAUUUAUAUUCUGGUUUCAGUACAACUAUAAUAGCUUUUCCUUCAAUACAAUCAUUAAAACACCACCAUGGA